ACUUUACGUGACGUUCUAAACAAAAAUGGCGGCCCCCACGAAAAUGGAGUUUGCUGUCCAGAUGACAUGCCAGGGAUGUGUCAAUUCUGUCAGAAAGGUGCUGAAUGGUGUACCAGGGAUAAUUUCAGUUAAUGUUCACCUGGACACAGAACAAGUGAUUGUUGAGAGUUCUCUCCCUUCAUCCCAAGUUAAAGACCUCAUAGAGACAACAGGCAAGAGAGCAGUCCUCCAUGGGUACGGAUCAAGUAAGGGCACCCAUCAUCUAGGGGCAGCUGUUUCUGUCAUGGAGACUGGAAACAGUUUGGUAAAGGGUGUAGUGCGACUUGUCCAGAAUGAUGAGACAACCUGCGUUGUGGAAGGGACAGUGGACGGACUGCCCAAAGGGACACACACUGUGUGCGUGCAUGAGCUGGGGGAUAUCUCCAAGGGGUGCAACAGCUGUGGAGACAUCUUUGGAUUAACAGACAAGGUGAAAGGCAUUAUCUCAGAACUACAAGUUGGGGAAGAUGGCCGAGGAAUAUUCCGUUGUGAGAACCCUGAUUUGAAAGUAUGGGAUGUAAUUGGGCGAUCUAUGAUUGUACAUCAAGGCCCAAAAGAGGAAAUAAUCAAGGCAGGAAAUUCUAACAGGAUGGUGUGUGGCAUCAUCGCCAGAUCCGCUGGUCUGUUCGAGAACUCGAAGAAGAUCUGUGCAUGUGAUGGAGUCACAAUCUGGGAGGAGAGAGAUAAGCCCCAGACAGGGCCACAGAGACAAAGCAAAUCCACACUCUGAUUGGCCAGAAAUAUAAUCCAGGGAUAUGAUUGGUCAAAACACUGAUUCAUUUGGUUUCAUACAAUUCAAAUUAGAUCUGGAAAUAUUUUUUAGUCAUGUAUUUGAGUUUUUAUGCAUUUUUAUGCACAAUUGAACAAAUAUUAUAAUGAUUGGUUCAUGAACCUAAGUACACCUUGGAUAUGAACAUAUGUUUAAGUUAUGUUUAAUUUAUUAUGGCAUGUGGAUUUGUCAGUAUCUUAUAAUACGUGUAAUAAUAAGCAGUGCAUUUCAGCAUUGAUGCCAAUGAAUCUUUGGGUAGUAGUCCCUAGUCUAAUGACAUGUAUAUCUAAUUAAGUGAUUGCAUUCUAAUGAUGUCUCUAAAUGUUACCAAAAUAUGGUACAGGCCAGUAGACAAAACCACCGAAUGUUAUAGUAAGUACACUGAGUUAGAGAUUUUACAAUGUUUUGCCAUUAGUGGUAUUAUGUUACGAAAGUUAACAACACUAUCACGAAAUUUAUGUUUUUAAUUAUGUUUAAAAUAUUUUUAAAAAAUGUACAUAGACAGUCAAUAUUAAAAGUAAGCUCAGUUUAAUAUAGCCAUUAUAUAACAUCAAAAGAUAUUCAUUAAUAAUGUUGCUUUAAGAUGAGUUAAGGCCAGUUUGCACAGACAACAACUAUUAUCAACAUCUUGUGGUAUUAUGUUGCAAUAGCUA